AUGUCUUGGUUCCAGAAACAAUUCACCCUCCCCUCCCGCUCCCGCGGCUCCUACCUCAUAACCGACCACAUCCUCUCGGAACUCCCCGAACUCCGCACCUACAAAGUCGGCAUCCUGCACCUCUUCGUCCAACACACCUCCUGCGCCCUCAGCCUAAACGAAAACUGGGACGAGGACGUCCGCACCGACAUGUCCGACGCCUUGGACAGGAUUGCGCCAGAAGACAAGAAGGGGAAUCUGUACAGGCAUAGCUGCGAGGGCCCGGACGACAUGCCGGCGCAUGUGAAGAGUGCGCUGGUAGGCGCGAGCGUGACAGUGCCGAUCAAGGAUGGGAAGUUGGCGACGGGGACGUGGCAGGGGAUUUGGUAUCUGGAGUUCAGGGCUAGUAAGCAUACGAGGAGGGUGGUGGCUACGAUUCAGGGGGAGAAGGCUUGA